GGGGACUUUCCGCGUGGUGAAGGAGCCGCUGGCCUUCCUCAGGGUGUUGGAGUGGGUGAGUGCCGGGUGGGUCGCUGAGGGAUCGGGGGCUUUUGAUGGGAGAUGGGACGUCCCCAAAGUGAGCCCCGCAGAACAGGUGGGAGCCGGGCUGAGGAUGGGCACGCGGGGCUGAGGAUGGGGACCCGUCGUCCUGCGGUGAUGGGAUGGGAUAGGGAGGUUGUGGGUGCUCCCCAGCCUUGUGCAGGCUGGAAAAAAAAAGUAAUAAUAAUAAAAAAAUCUCAUUAUGCAUUUAGCAAACUUGUCUCUGGGCCGAGUGGGAAAGGAGGCAGAUAAUUGGUUUGCGGAGCAAUGUCACUGUUUGUUGCUCUGAUGCUCAUUCGUAGUGAAGUCUGCAGGUCAAAUGACAUUCAUCGCCAGUAGGUCUGCGGGAGGAGAGAGCUGCUCUGAACUGAAAGUUCAGAACAUGUCAUGGAGGAUUAAUCACAUUCCCCUAACGCCGACUGGCUGGGGAAUUAUGUAAGCUGCAUAUUUUUGGGGGCGCAUCUGCGUGCGGGUGCCAUUACCCACACUCUGGCACCCACUGUGCUCACUAUAAUGAGAGGGUGUUGUGCUGUGCUGGGAGCUGCUGACCCCCCAGAGCCCUCCGUGUCCAGCAGAGCUGGGUGAUGGGCACGUGGCUGUGGGCUUGGGAUGAGGUGGUCCUGCAGCGGGCUGACCUGUGUGCAGUGCUCCCAGCAGCUGCUGCUUCCAGGAGAACUGGGGUGCUCAGGGGCUGAGCCCUGAGCUCUCCCUGCUGCUUGCUGUGAAAACAAUUGUGGAGCAGAACAGGGAGAGAAGCUAUUUCCAUGGCAAAUCACUGCUGGGGAUGUGGUGUCUUCACUACACGCAGCUGUGCUGGUGGUGGCAGGGCAGUGAGCUCCAGGGGCACAGACUUUGACCUUGCAGGAAACUGUUCCCCACAGCACAUUGGCACCUUUGGGGCAGUACGGGGGAGCUCUCAGGGCUCUUUCCCUGACAGUUGCCCAGUUCUGUAACUUUUUCCAGCUGCUGAAUGUAAACCUGCCUUUGUCGUGGUUGAAAGCCCCUUAUAAAAACUCUUCUGUUGCUCCAUCUGCGUGUUGCCUGUUUGCAUGUAUACAAAUAAACAGAAGCCUGUAACAGAAACAGAGCUCACUGGCACUGCUGGGGUGGAUCAGCCCUUGGGAAAUGAGUAAAAGGAUGUAAAGUGUAUCAGAAUUCAAGACGGUCUGAAAAACUACUCCUUCAAAUUUGAGAUGUACGUGUGAGUGGAAUUAAGCACACACCUUGGUGUAAGGAGUCAGACUUUAUCAACUGGAUGGGUUUUGUGGAUUACCUGAAUUGCAGCUCUCCUCACUUCAUCUUGCUGCUCCCAUCCUUCUCCUCUCGCCAUGCCCGCCAACUGUCCACCAUCUCUGGUCCCAAUAAGUGUCUCUCUCUCUCUCUCUGACUCCUUUUCCUUCACUCCAGCUGUCGUUUUAAAUUCCAAAACAGACCCAAAGCUGUGGCAGCUUUCGCAUUCCCCAGCAGCAUUGCAGCCUUCAGUGCACUUGAUCAGAACAGUCAAAUUUCCCUGCUAAUUGCUGGAUUUACAGCUGUUUCAUUUCGGGUGUUAAAUGAUGUGUGAGUGGGGCUUUUAUGCAGAAACUGCUGGUGACAGUGGAAUUUAUUAAAGCUGCUCUCAUUAACGCUGAUGAGUUUCUUGGAGGUUUACAGUAAUCACCUAUGGGAAGGUGUGACCGACAUCGUGUGAUGACGUGACAGCUGAAUCACAACACACAUGGAGCUUUAGGAUACGGGGAAGAGACUGCAACUGGUUUUAACAUUGCAUUCUUUUGGCUUGUUUAUCAUCUAAAGGGAGGUUUUAAUUUCUGCUUCUGGAAAACUUGUGCUUUUUUUUUUUUGAAUGCUUGUUUCCCAGAAAGCCAAGUUCUGGAUCUCAGAAGCUGUUAGGACAUAGGGGUGGGAGGGCUACAGCAUGGGACCUCAGCUGGUCCAGGCAGACCAAUCCCUAACAUGCUUCUGUCUUGUGAUCCGUUUGGGUAGGUCCAUGGAGGAGGUAGCUCAGGGAUCUGUGUCUUUAUUAAUAAACCUCUGCAUUGUAAACAACGCAAAUGCUUUCAAGUCUGGAGGCAACCAGGAUGGCUGCAGGUUCUCAGGUUGAUGACUGCAGUCUGUCGGUGUGCACGUUCCAUGAGCUCACAGAGCUGUGGCUGGAGGAGCAGGCACUGGAUUGGGCCUCUUGCAAUCUUCUGUUUUGAUUAUUGCCAAGCACCGUGAGAGAAGAUGCUGAAAUAGGGCUGAUUCUUCUGAAUAUUCAUGCUUUUUGCAAUCUUUGCAUUUGCAACAUGCGGUGGGUACUCUGGAGGACUGCGCCUCAGUGUGGACUGUGCAAACAAGUCAGAGAGUGACCUCAACAUUGACAUAGCCUUUGCCUACCCGUUCAGGUUGCAUCAAGUGAAUUUCGAUGCUCCCACUUGUGAAGGCAAGCGUCGAGAAACACUCUCCUUGAUAGGGGACUUCUCCUCGUCGGCGGAGUUCUUUGUCACCAUUGCAGUCUUCGCCUUCCUCUACUCGCUGGCUGCCACCGUGGUUUAUAUCUUCUUCCAGAACAAGUACCGUGAAAACAACAGGGGACCUCUAAUUGAUUUCAUUGUGACAGUGGUGUUCUCCUUCUUGUGGCUAGUGGGUUCAUCUGCUUGGGCUAAAGGACUGUCUGAUGUAAAGAUUGCCACCGACCCGGAUGAAGUGCUAUUGCUGAUGUCAGCCUGCAAACAGCAGUCCAACAAAUGCUUGCCCGUUCGCAGUCCUGUUAUGUCAAGCCUGAACACUUCUGUUGUUUUUGGAUUCUUGAACUUUAUCCUCUGGGCAGGCAACAUUUGGUUUGUGUUUAAGGAGACGGGCUGGCACUCCUCAGGCCAGCGGCACGCUGCAGACACCAUGGAGAAGCAGUCCAGUGGCUACAACCAGGGUGGCUACAACCAGGACAGCUACGGGCCAGCCGGGGGCUACAACCAGCCGGGCUCCUACGGGCAGGUGGGUGACUAUGGCCAGCCCCAGAGCUACGGCCAGAGCGGGCCGACCUCCUUCGCUAAUCAGAUUUAAGGUGCCCGCGUUGCGAGCUCUUACAUCCCUCACACAUAGAGCAUUUAGCAGGUCUCGAGUUUCUGUGGCACCAGGUUUUUAAGGGUUUUACACAAAUUAAUACUACAACGCAGCGUUCGAUGUCGGUUGGCGAUCUAACCCUGCCUCCUGAGAUGGACGGGAGGUGGCCCGUGGCUGGAGCUGGCAUGUGAGCCCCUGAUAGGCAUAUAAAGGGGUGUGUGCAUCGCAGGUGGUGACCUGGAGUCCGUGUUGUAGUGCGUACUGUAGAGAUAACUUUAUGGUAGUUUUGUAUGUGUUAAGAUGGUAGAAGCAUUUUGUAGCCUCAAGUCUGUAGUAUUUAAUAUGCAUAAUAUAACUGAAUUUCCUUCUGCAUUUUGGUGAGAAACAGAAGUGUUUUACUAUUAUUUCUACUGAUUAUUCUGUAUAUCCAUGCAUGUAACGGUUUCAAAACUGCCUGUCUGUGACUCUUCAGAGCCUCUGUUUUGAUUACAUCUUUUGUUUCAGAAGAUUUUACUAUUAUUUCAAUUAACCAAGUCAUCUGUAACUUAGUGCAUGGAUAAGCGGUUUCAUACUACCAAAUGUCUGGACUGUGUAAAUGGAACUUCUCAACUUCUGCCACUACAUUUUGUUAAAUGUAUGUUUAAAAGAAGUUUGCAUCUUUUAUAUAUUUUGCAGAGUCGAAUAUAUGGCUUACCCAAGUUCUGAAUGCUUUGUAACAAAAAUGUUUUUCCCUUGAAAUGGCAUUCAGUAGUAUAUAUGGUACCUGACCAAUGUUUAUUCCAUUUAACCGAGCUAAGUAUUCAUUCUAUAAAUCACUAUUUCUAUGGAUGUUUUGUGAAUCUUUAUAUGUGAGCUGUGGAGAAUAAGGACCAAGUAACUGUGUUAUAUGUUUACAAAGGUAUUUAUUUAACUAAGAUAACAGAGGUGCAGAUAUCAGUAUAUAAAGCCACCUGAAGAUGCCCUGUUUCUCAGUACAGUAAAACAUGAAAAAUGCAUGUACUGUUGUGACCUUACGAAGCGUAAGCAUUCCUUUAUACCCUCUUAUUGUAAGAAAGUCUUUCUAUCUGUGCUGUUCAAAGAUUGUUAGAUUUCCCUCUGUUCUGUUGCCGCUCUGAGCAUGAGCUUGGUGCUACUGGAGAAUGUAACUGGAUUGACCAAAUAGCCCAGGUUCAGAGGAACUCAUGCUAAAACAGCCAGUGCCUGGCUCAUAGCCCACUGGGAUUUCUCCCUGGAGGAUUCCUCACUGCAGAGUAUUGGAUGCGUUGACACGAAGUAAAGCCUGAAACACGAUAUGAUAAUCAAAACUGAUCAUCUGCAUUUCUAAAUAAAAGUGUAUCAGUAUAUAAUCAUGUAUGAGCUGUAAUGUUGAAAGCAUUUUAGCUUAAAACAGCUUAGUUUCUUCUAUGAUUGUUGUAACCAAUUUAUGGCUACUUGGUGGAUGAAUCUAUAUUGUGAUAUCUAUUUGACCCUAAUAAAGUUAUUGCAUACAAUGCACUUUUUUCAGAGUAUGAUAAUAUUAAAAUGUCACUGCAAAAUAACUAAGAUGAUGGACAGAAUAUCAUCUCUGUACUUGACCUUAUUGGCCAUAUUCUUACUGUUUUCCAGCACCUUUAUGAGGAUUGUUUCAAUGUGCAGUGGAGCACGAGAUGAUUCUAUCAAUACUUGUCUUUAAUGGUCACUAUCACAAGAUUAAAAAUAUAUAUAUUAAACUGUGCAAUUAAAUAUC